CCCUACAGAACCAUCAGGCAUCAUUCGCUUUCUGCCACGUGCGCAUAGAACUAUGGGUGCCUACUACUUUGCAGCAGCUAGUACUACCGGCGCAGCGUCGUUCCCACACGCCGUUUGCAACACGACGGACCAGUGCGUGGUCAUCGACCCAAAUAUGGCUUGCUCCAGCAACCUGUGCAUUUGUCCAUCCUCCGCCCCGGGACCAAUGACCAUGGACAGCAGGAUCUGCAACGCCACAGCCGGUUCCUUGUUCCCGCUUUCUCUGGGAGCGGCGUGCACCGCCGAUGCCAACUGCUCGUCCUCGGCACUCUGCUUGGCAGGCCAGUGCAGCUGUCCGUCGGGAUUUCAACCCUGGGACGAGCACAACUGCACUGCCAUUCAAACUGAAGACCCAUCAAGCUCCUGGAUGAGUCCCCUGCUGCCACUCUCAGGCUUUGGCCUUAUCAUCCUGCUAGUGGUCUGCGUCUGUGCCUCCACGCAAUGGAGUUACGGUUCGCGCUGGGCCAAGAGCUACAUUGGCGAUAAGGAGUCCGCACCGACGCUUAUCGUAUGGUCCCAGGCGAGCAUUGGUGACCAGACGCCCAGCGUGCCGCUCGCACUGCAGCCGGCGUCGCCGAACACCGACUCGCUGGCGCAGCAGCAGAUGGACAGCGAGCUGUUCAACGAAGGCUUGUGCAGUCAGCAUGACUCGUGGCUGGCCGCGGUCGCCGAGCGCUCCUCGGAGCUGACCAACCAGCUGAACUCGCUGACCGAGCUGCGCGGGCUCUGCAGUGUCCCGGAAGAGUCGUUCGUGCGACCCGAGCUGAGUGGGGACGAGAUGUACUCGAAGUACCCGCACCUGCGGCUCAUACUGUCCACGACAUCUUCGUCGUCGGCUCACGUGCCCGCCCAACGGCGGCCAACGCCGCUAACCCCGGUCCACACGGAGACGACGCCGAGCGCCAGUCGCCAGACCAGUGAGUCCGAGCUGACUUCGAGCAAAGUCGGGUUGCGUCCAGCUCUUCAGUCACCUACAAGUCGCAAGCGGGCUGCGAGAUCCGAGUCGCCUUCGAAACGCGUGGCCUUCCCGGAUGAGCUCGCCGCGUCAUCAGUACUGCAACCGGAAAGUGAAUCCGAGCAGCUCGGACAACGCUCUGCGGCGUUACAGGCUUUCCGAAGGAGCAGCAGCACGCCGUGGAGCACGUUCGGCAGCUCGCUGGACUCUCUGCUGUCGGCGCCUGUGGUGGCACGCAUCGUCACUUCCAGCAGCUGCACGGACGACGCUGUGUCGCACACCACUACAUCGGCCAAGAGCAACGACCACCAGCCGACGUUGUCGACUAGCACCUACGAGUUUAGAGUCCGGCACGGGGCCUUCCUCUUCUAUCGGUGCCAUGGUUGUGGCAUUGUCCACAUCCUGGAUAAGCUCAUUCGUCCACGCAGUGAGGUCUGCUAUAUCGCGAGCUCCCUCACCUGGUUCGCGUCCUGUGGAGGUCGUGUGGACGUGGGCUCGGGAUUGGCUGACCAGGCGACCUUCCUCGAUAUCGCCUGGUCAUUGCGUUGUUCGGAGUUGGAGCGGUUGCGAGGCUGGCUGCUGCUCUGGCUGCGCUGCCUGCUGCCACUCCUGCUAAUUGAAGCUUCGCGCUGA